CUCUGGUCUCUGGCCACUGAUCUAAUAAAAGCUAAUACCAGCUACAGUCUAGCCUACCUGGGUAUCCGGCAUGUUAGCGCGCGUUACUUGGAAGGGGUAGCUGUAGGUUCAUCCCGGCUGGACACUGGCUCGGAAUAGGGCAAUUCCAAUUCCAUCUGUCAUUCUCUCGAUCGCGCUUUUGUCUUGUCUCGAACCUGCGAUGCGCACACAGUCGGUGCGUUCACGAGUGCUCUGCUGAAUUGUCCACAGCCGCAGCCAUGGUAGACAUCCUUCUGAUGCUCCCCCUUCGAGACCGAUACAGGUGACAUGGUUAAUGUCCCCUCCGCUAUAAGAGAAAGAGACCCAGCAACAACACCCAUAGCAGCAAUAGAACGGCCGGCGCCGUGGCGGCGACAGUUAUCGACAGAAGCUACACACCUAGGUCGCUAUGUCGUGGGAUCUGCUCCGGCGGUUUAUCGAGAGUGAUGUUUUCAAUCAGAACCCCUUCCUCUCUGUCUCAUAUCUGUCCCGAUAUGCAGACCAUGUCGGGAUUCAUUACGUCCUAUGCUCCAAGCUGCGCCAAUUUCCAUACGAAGACAUCGAAUUCUUCCUUCCUCAGCUAUGCCACCUUAUAAUCAGCGUCGACAAUGAGUCCAUGGCUCUGGAGGAGUUCUUGUUGGACCUGUGUGAAGAAUCUGUCAGUGCGGCUCUUCUGACUUUCUGGCUCUUCCAGACUUAUCUGCACGACCUCGCUUUGACACCCCAAGCACAAGCCUUCAAGACCUGCCGGCGAGUUUACAACAAGGUGCAACAUAUAGUAUUUGGGCUUCCCGAUACUGCGCGGCAGGAGAAAAUAAAAGAAAAUGUUCUACCCGUCACUGUUCUGGCGAGCUUUGUACUAGCGAGCGUUGGACUUCCUAGACUGUCCCAAUGGGCCGGGCCCCUUGCUGUCGCGCAAGCACGGAAAUCCCAGCCCACCAGCGACGCCAUUUCUGACUUGAGCCAAACACCGCCUAAGAUGACACGGAGCCAGACGGUGACUGUGUCCUCGACAAGAUCACGACGGCAGCGAGAUGGAAUUAAGGGGGUUGAUUCCCACGACGUGAAGGUCGGUGGACCGGACAAUGCGCCGCGAAGUAUUGACGUAUCCUCUACAGCGCAUGCUGGAACAGAGAUUACCCUUACUCAAGCAGACGCAAAACCAGAAUUCAUCGAUUCAAAAUUAGUAGAUGCACGCAUGAGUUCUUCAUCUCUUCCACUCCCUGAGAUGAGAUCACCAAAAGCCAUUUCCCGCCCUGCCACACCACUUUCAGCCCGGCUGCCACGCCCAACAGAAGCUAUCUACCGUAGACACUCUCACCAUGUAAAGACUACUCUCACUCUAGCAGAGAUGAGUAUGAAUCAGAAGAUCAGUUUGCUUCGACAAAACUAUUUUCGGACGCAGACAAUGUUCCUUUCAGCCCUCGAAGAUAUAUCGAAUAGGCUUGUGAUAGUACCCAAGCCAGCUCGUCUCAGUGCUUUGAGAGCCGAACUUGCACUAAUUGCCAGGGACUUACCUGCGGAGCUCGAUAUUCCAGUUUUAUGUCCGCCAACACUUGUCGAUGGCUCACCUGCAAAGAGCCGGCAUCAUCGCAUAGUUAGGGUCAAUCCCGCUGAAGCCACGGUUCUAAAUAGCGCGGAAAAGGUUCCAUUUCUCCUUAUGAUUGAAAUUCUCAAAGAUGACUUCACAUUUGACCCCAAUUCGGUAGAUAAUCAACGCUUACUGAGCACACUACUCUCAGAGCAGAACAGCCGUAAACGGCUUUUUGAUCUAUCAGAUGCUCAGCGAAGGCCUACCAGCGAACGAUCUACAUCUCUAGAGAAUGAAAAGGUCGACAGCGUGUUCGAGCCGACAUCAGGAGACCUAGGAAGUUCGCCUAUGCUCAAAGCGUUCGAUGAUGAUGCUAACGAUAAGAAAAAUGCGAAACUAUCUUCUCGCAAGUCUAUGCCAAAUGGCCUCAUAAAUGCGACAUUAGAUUCGCCUCCACGAGAUUCUAUAGUAUCUAUGUCUCGAUCAAGUAGCCCUGGAUCCUUACAGAAGAUGGGACUCUCGGGGCCGCGAAAUACACACGAACAGCCAGAUUUCUCAGCAUUAGCAACUCAUAUGCGUACUGCCUCACAAAUGCUAGCGCAGUUGGAUGCGACUAGCGGGAAACGGCCGAAGCAAGAAGUCGCGGCUAUUCGAUCAAAGAUUAUUGCCAGUAUGCAGAGCUUAGAGGAACAGAGCUUCGAUCUAGAUGACGGCCAAGGACCUACUUUCGACUUGAUAAUCGCCAAGGCAAGCGCCACCUCGUCAGUUUCCGAGGCCGACCUUGACGAUGAAUUUACAGCUGUGAACACCCCUACGGCUGGAGCCGCCAGGAUGGAAAACGAUGCUAUGACUGGAGGUGUGCAGAAAAAAGGCGACCGUGACGACCCUAGCGCCGCUGUAUUUGGCGAGGCGUGGCAUGUCAAAAAGGAACGCAUUCGAAAGACUUCCCCUUAUGGUUGGAUGAAAAAUUGGGAUCUCGUCAGUGUCAUUGUGAAGACAGGGUCCGACCUCCGGCAGGAAGCAUUUGCAUGUCAAUUGAUCCAGGUGUGCCACAGGAUAUGGGUGGAUGCAGGCGUACCUGUUUGGGUCAAGCUCAUGCAAAUACUAGUCACUGGCGAGUCGUCUGGGCUUAUCGAGACCAUUACUAACGGUGUCUCCUUACACUCUCUAAAGCGCAGCUUGACAUUAUCGUCAAUAGAAUCUGGUGUGAAUCCUCGCAGGCGCUUCGCGACUCUCAAAGAUCACUGGGUCAAGACAUUCGGCAAACCCGACAGUGAUGCGUACAGAAGUGCCGUAGACGCAUUUAAACGAUCACUUGCUGCAUACAGCAUGAUACAAUACGUUUUGCAGCUAAAGGAUCGUCACAACGGAAAUGUACUCAUAGAUAACGAAGGACACAUUAUUCAUAUUGAUUUUGGAUUCAUGCUCUCAAACUCUCCCGGUUCGGUUGGGUUUGAAGCCGCCCCUUUCAAACUCACUCAGGAGUAUGUGGAUGUUUUGGGCGGGGUCGGGUCUUCGGAUUUUGAAGACUACAAAACGUUAUGCAAGCAAGCGUUCCAAGCACUUCGUCGAUCUGCGGACAAUAUUAUUGAUCUCGUAAACAUGAUGGGAAGAGACUCGAAGAUGCCAUGCUACUCUGCUGGUGUGAUACAGACAACGGCAGCUUUACGGCAACGUUUCCAGCUACAUUUGAGCGCCGAUGAAGCCGAAAGCUUUGUUGAGACAGAUUUGAUCGCCAAAUCUCUCGGUAGCUAUUAUACACGACUUUAUGACACUUUCCAAUAUCGCACCCAGGGUAUAUACUAAGCUAUAACAACGACAUGUAGGUCAUGACGAGGGGGAGAUAUGACAACAUUGGCAUUUGGGCGGCGUUCCGGGCGAUAGAGUUAAGAUUGGGAUAAUCUCCACCAGGACAACUGAUUUAACUGGAUUUGUGGUGAAGCAGCACUGCCAGCAUAGACGUGAGAAACCAGCUUCUCCAUAACUAACUAGCUAUACCAUCUACAUGCCAUGCAUACCAAGUCUCAGAAGACUUAAAUUCAAGUAUUGAAGACCUAGCUCAGUAUCACUUCCACAAAACCCAUCACUGCCUCACAAUAGCAUAUCUGGGAUAAGUAUUGACACACUCCGUGCGGCUAAUCGUUCCCCUCGGGCAUCGAAGGUAAUCUCCCAGAUAUAAGUUGAAGGUGACCCGAGGUUUAUUGAAAUUGGGCGAACAUAUGCAUGUGCUUAUUUAUUAUAGAGCCCACUAAAAAUUAGGAAGUAUCCUCUGGUUGCUUGUGCGUAGUGGUAUCCAAGGUAUUGAUAUCCUUGAUUUCUUAGAUGUUAAUU